UAUGGAUCCAAGCUUACUGCGAGAGCGUGAGCUAUUCAAGAAGCGUGCCCUCUCCACACCAGCUGUAGAAAAACGGCCAGCGCCAUCUUCAGACUCAUCUUCCAAGAAGAAGAAAACAAAGGUAGAGCAAAGUGGCUCAUCAGGCUCAAAACAAGCUACAGAUCACAGCAAUGGGUCAUUUAACUUGAAAGCCCUUUCAGGAGGCUCAGGCUACAAGUUUGGAGUCCUUGCUAAAAUAGUUAAUUAUAUGAAGACUCGACACCAGCGUGGUGAUACACAUCCAUUAACCCUAGAAGAAAUUUUGGAUGAAACGCAGCAUUUAGAUAUUGGGCUGAAGCAGAAACAAUGGUUAAUGAGCGAGGCUUUAGUCAACAAUCCAAAAAUAGAAGUUGUAGAUGGAAAGUAUGCUUUCAAACCCAAAUACAACUUGAAAGACAAAAAGGCUCUGCUCAGGCUAUUGGACAAGCAUGACCAGCGAGGGCUGGGAGGAAUCCUCCUGGAAGAUAUUGAGGAAGGGCUUCCCAAUGCACAGAAAGCCAUAAAGGCUUUAGGGGACCAGAUCAUCUUUGUUAACCGCCCUGAUAAGAAGAAAAUUCUUUUCUACAACGACAAGAGCUGUCAGUUUACUGUGGAUGAAGAAUUUCAGAAGCUGUGGAGGAGCAUUCCCGUGGAUUCGAUGGAUGAGGAGAAAAUUGAAGAGUAUCUGAAACGACAGGGUAUUUCUUCUAUGCAGGAUGCUGGACCAAAGAAAAUAGCCCCUGUUCAGAAGAGGAAGAAACCUGCUUCCCAGAAGAAACGCCGAUUUAAGACUCACAACGACCACUUGGCUGGCGUAUUAAAAGAUUACUCGGAUGUCGUUGCUGGCAAGCAGUGACUGGCCGAAUUCUGGAGCAAACCUGCGUUUUUACACAGGCUUUUUGCCACUUGGGCUCAGUGUCUGCUCAUGGAAAGACUGACUGUAUAUUGUAAUGUGAUGUUUUUCCCCACCCCAGCAACUGCUGAGACAAAACAGGUCAAUUUAAAAGCAAGUAUGAACUGCGAGAUUUAGAGUUUAAUUUAAUUAGCUAAUGGGAAAUGCCUCUUUAAGGAAGAGGCUCUCACUAGUUGUCUCUUGGUUUGGAGUGAUAAAUGGUGCUCAGCAUGUAAUGCCAGAGUUCCUGGUCAGUGCUUAACUCUGCUUUUACAUUGCUUAAUGGGUAUUUACCUGGAAUUGCUUAAAAGGAGCUUUCUGGUAGAACUGAAUAGAGCAUUUGUUUUACCUAUUUUGGGAAAACCUAUCCCUUAAAGUCACUGCGGGU